AAAAGGUGGUGGAAAAAGUUCUUUUUGUACACAAUGCGAUGAUGGUGAUGAUGAUACCUGCAAUCUCCAACAGGAAGAGAGGAAUUCACCUCUCUCUCUCUCUCUCUCUCUCUCUCUCUCUCAUCUCUUCUCUUCUCUUUUGCACCUAUUCUUUCUCUCUCCUCAUAUCCAUGGCAAAUCUCUUCUUGGUCUCAUCCAUGCUCGUCCCCAGCAAUUAUAGUGACAACCCAUGAAAGGCAGACCCAGUGAAAAGCCAUGGAGAAGAGUUGCGGGUGCUUGCCUCUUCUUAGAUUCAGCAUUAGGGGCACCUGCAAGCCCUCUGCUUCCAAAGACUCUCCCAACACCAUCCCUCGAACCAGUCUUGUCUAUGAUGCAGCUAGUGAAACAAGAUAUCUAAAUGCUAGCAACCGAGAACUCUAUGCUGCCAAUGAAGCUCAGCUUUCCUCAGAUAAUCCUGAUCCACCUCAAUCAGAAAACAAAGCCGUUUGCCCUCUGCUUCAGUUCACAUUUCAGGAGCUCAAAUCAGCAACUGGUAAUUUCAGACCCGAUAGUAUCCUGGGGGAGGGUGGAUUUGGUUACGUAUUCAAAGGAUGGAUAGAAGCGAAUGGGACAGCACCGGCUAAACCCGGGUCAGGGAUUACUGUAGCAGUGAAAAGUUUAAAGCCAGAUGGACUUCAGGGACAUAGAGAGUGGGUGGCUGAAGUUGACUUCCUUGGACAGCUUCAUCAUCCUAAUCUUGUUAAGCUUAUUGGGUACUGCAUUGAAGAUGAUCAGCGUCUGCUUGUUUAUGAAUUUAUGACCCGUGGAAGCCUUGAAAACCAUCUUUUUAGAAGGACCAUACCACUUCCAUGGUCCAGCAGGAUUAAAAUUGCACUUGGUGCAGCUAAAGGAUUGGCCUUUCUUCAUGGAGGUCCUGAACCUGUCAUAUAUAGGGACUUUAAGACAUCCAACAUUUUGCUUGAUUCGGAAUAUAAUGCAAAGCUUUCAGAUUUUGGUCUGGCAAAAGCUGGUCCCCGAGGAGACAAAACACACGUGUCUACCAGGGUUGUCGGCACAUAUGGCUAUGCUGCUCCAGAGUAUAUGAUGACUGGGCACUUGACAUCUAAGAGUGAUGUUUACAGCUUUGGCGUUGUGCUGCUUGAGAUAUUAACAGGUAGAAGAUCAAUGGACAAGAAACGCCCCAGUGGAGAACAGAAUCUUGUCACCUGGGCUCGACCAUAUUUAGCCGAUAAGCGAAAGCUUUACCAACUAGUGGAUCCUCGCUUGGAACUGAGUUACUCCCUAAAAGGUGUGCAGAAAGUCUCUCAGUUAGCUUACAACUGCCUCACCAGGGAUCCAAAAUCCCGCCCUUCGAUGGAUGACGUUGUGAAGUUCCUCACUCCAUUACAAGAUCUUAAUGACCUUGCUAUCUUAUCUUAUCAUUCUCGUUCAUCCCAGCAAGGGAGACGCAAAAAGAAACCAGAAGGAGCUCAACAACUUGUCUAUGGUCAAUCCAAAAGCAUGAGAGACUCUCCAUUGAAUACUGGUAAGCAGAUUAGGAGAUAAUGACUAGUUGAUUCUUCUCCCUUGAUUGGCUCGGCUUUCAAGUGCUACAAAGGUUGGGAUGCUGCCUUCACGGACGAAUUGUGUGAAGAAAAUACUUGGAAGGAAGUUAUAUAAUUUUCAAGCACUUUAGAAUUGAGAUUCACCUUGAACCAGAAAGACAAUGUAAGGUGAAGGUACAUCACAUUUUUCUUUACUUUAAAUCCUUACAGUAGGGUUGAUAUCUAACCGCCGAUAUUGGAUCGUUCUUUGCGAUUUGCCCGUGUUGUAAUUGAGAUAUAUCAUUGUAAAAAAAAAACCUGCUUUUUUUCAAGAUUGCUAUUUGCAUCUUAAUGAAUUUCAAUGGCUUUUGAGUUU